AUGGUGGCCAUGCUGUCACAUUUAUGGUUUGUCCUGUUCUCAUUCAUAGUUUCUGUUGUAGCAUUAGUUUUUAUUUUAUUACCUAUAUCUUCGUACGAAAUGGAAACACAAGAACAGCAAAAAUCACAAACCGUAUCGGUUGGCGAUCCAUAUUUAUUACGUUUGAAGUGUUUUCUAUGUCAUGCACCAAAUCCAAAUGUUAAUGAUGAAAAUAAUAAUUUAAAGAAAGAUAAUGAUGCCAAUGAGAAAAUAUUUAAUCCGAUCCUAAAGCUUCCUUUCUAUACAUGUCCAAACUGUGACGCAAAUAUUCGAUCAGAAGAAAAAGAAACAACUAGUCGUUCAGCUGGAAUCUCUCAAGAAUUAGAAGGAGAAUCUGAUCAAAUGAUUAUUGUACCGGAUACAAGUUCAGAUGAUGAAUAUUGGUGUCAUUCAUGUACAGAUGAUGAACAUGAUGUAAACUAUCGUCAAAUGUGGGAUGAUCUUUCUCAUAUUGUUAAGUGUGUUUAUCGAGCAACCGAUAAAGAUUUCUCAGAAAAUCAUUUCUCGGACGAUAUUUUUAAAGCGAAAGAAUACAUAAAAAAAUUAACGGAUGUGAAUUCUCAAUCAUUAUUCAACAAACUUGAAUCAAUUGUCUUCGAUUAUGUUCGAGAAAUUCGAAAUCAAGUUUUAGAGCGUUUUCACUCAUGUUCGAAAACUUCUCAUGAUGUACAAUUAUUCAUUUCAUUUCUUCUGGACGAAUAUCAACUUUUCAUUCAAGCGGCAACGAAUGUUUCAUCUAUUGUAUCCUAUCUCGAAGAACAUUACAUGAAAUCUCUACAUUUAACUUGGUUGCUAUAUAACAAACAUUUGUAUGAGACGUUGAUUUAUAUGGAUAGAAAAAUUCAACAUUCAAUGUCAACAAUGAUUGAUUUAUUACAACCGUCGAAUGAUGAUGAUGAUGAAGAUAGUAAUGAAUAUUCACCUGCUGAAUAUACACAAUUAUUGAAUCGAUUUCUUGCAUUUGAUGAAGAAAUGUCGGAAAUCGCAUGUUUAUAUAAAGAUUCUCAAGUCAAAGCAAGUUCCCUGCCGAAAGAAAGUUCUAAACCAACUGAAAAGCAGAAGAAAACAAAGCGAAAGAAGAAAUGUAAAAAGAAUAAACAAUUGCAAGCAUUAAAUGAAGAAACACCAAAUAAUUCAUCGACUACAGCUGUUGAUAUUCCAACAUCAAAUGGUGCAUUAUCAACGCCGACCGCACCUGAACAAGGUUCAAAUGGUUCGUCUAUAGGUUCUGGUAUCGGUGGUGACGAAUCGUCAUCUGUUUCAUCUGUCGAUGAUUAUUUCAUCGAUCAUGAUUCAUCAUCACCGGGUUAUACACAAGAAGAACGAGAAUUUCUAGAUAGUUUAUUUACUGAAGAGGAUUUGAAUGAGUUACUAUUGGAAGGCAUCUUAGAUGGAGUAUCACCUAUGGGAACAAUGCAUCAUGAACUGUUACAAACCAGAUAUAAUGAGAAGUCGAACAAUCUACUAUCAUCAUCAUCAUCGGGAACAACGACAACAACGAUUGAUAAUGGAAAAUGGUUCGAAGAAAUUAUUCAGAAAAUUCAAUUAGCACGUGAACAAGAACAAAAAACAACUAAUAAUGCAGCGAAAACUAAUUCCUCAUCAGCGAUGUUGGCAAAAGAAGUACCAAAUGUUUCUUCAUCGCCUGAUGUACCUUCGAAAAAGUCCUCGUCUACUAAAUCGAAAUCAAGUAAAUCAUCUCAUCGUCGCAAAGAACAACUUUCUACUCAAUCAAAUUCAACAACAAGCACAUCUCAACUUCCGAAAAAAUCCAUCCCUGCAGAUUUAGUGCUACCAAAUUCGAUUGCUGAUCUUUCCGCAAAAAUUCAAUCCGUUUCGUUCACUGCUGGUACAUUCGGUUCAAUCACAUCGACUGACUCGAAUGAUUGUUAUAACCUAACAUCUUCGUCAUCGUCCUCAUCAGGUUGCUCGACAACUACAUUAACAGCAGCGAAAACCACGACAUCGACAGGUCAAACGCGAUUGAGUAUCAAUCUAACUCGAAAACCGGGUGUAAAGUCAACUGAACAUGGCGGUCAGAAAAUAGCUGAAGCACUUUUCAAUGAACUAACGGGUCUAGGAAAUGGAGAAUGUUUAAACAGUGGAAGAAAAAAGGAUAAUCAACAAUUUAAAAAAACGAAACAACAACGCUCAACAACGAAUGAACCAUCACUGAGUACGGCAAACAGCUCACAUUCAUUUUUGAACUCUUCAUCCAAAUCUGAUUCAUCAUCAGCAGCUUACAAUGACUUAGAUCGUCUUCUUCGAAAUGCGGCGUCGAAUAGUGAAGUGUCUGAAGCAGCAUUACAUUCAAUCUUAUCAUCAUUACAUUCUCAAACUUGUGUGGAUUCAUCUUCAUCAUCAACAACAGCAUCAGCAGCUGCUGCGAAACAUUUAUUACCAUCAAAAACAAGUGAAGCAUUACAAAACUUCCUUGCUCAACAACAACAGCAACACCAUCAUCACCAUUACCAUCAUCAACAAAAACGAAAUCUACCGACUAAUGAUAGUAACAAGCACUGUGACUUUUGCUGUUGUGAAUAUUCCGAAAGUCGAACAUGCUCAUCAACGUCUUCAUCUUCGUCCUCGUCGUCGUCAGCGUGCCUUCAUCUAUCAUCAGCACCAAAUUUAAGCAACGGACCCAUUGCAAGUUGUGUAACAUGUAUGGCUCUACCUGGUAAUGCAACAACAACAACAACAACAACAUCAGUAAUGGGUGCGACGAUCACAGGUGCUUUUAAUCAACGUAACGUAGAAAUGAAAGAACGUUUACAGUUGAAAAUUAAAAAAAGAACUGUGAAGAAUCAAACUGAACAACAAGAAACUUUAGCAAAAGAAGAACAACAGAAGAAAGCACCAACAGCAAACGAUAAAAAACAACCUGCAUCGGAUAAUACGAAGGCAAAACCGUGUCCUGUGAAUAAAAAUGAUAUCGAUGAUUUAGUUCGAUUUAUUGAUGGACUCGAAACAUUUUCACCGAAUAAUAAUGCGUCUCAAACACAAACAGUGACUACAUCAUCGCCAGCAGCGCAAGAAUCUACAUCGAAAAAGAACAAAAAGAAAAAAGAUAAACAAGCAAAAGUUAAUAACCAGACUGAAGAAGUAAAAAUGAGCAAUAAAGAACAACAACAGACAAGUCAGAAAAAACAAAAUGGCUCCAGUUCUAUCCAACAGUCAGCUUCUUCUCAACAACCGUCUCGUAGUGCUUCAUCUUCAUCCUCAUCGAAAGCACCGUCGAUUGCGUCAUCGACUUCUGCUGUCGAAAAUCAACAACCUUUGUCAAAACGAAAACAAAAGGCCAAAUUAAAGUUAGAACAACAGCAGCAACAAAAACAAACAGAAGCUGCCAAAGGUAUUGAACUACCAGUACCGCCGUCUAGCUCUAAUUCAAUUAACACAACAUCGUCAAAGUCGACCACUACAGCGCCUCCCGUUUCUUCUGCUUCCAUUUCGUUAACUCAGGAACCUAAAUCAGCUCGAAGUGACGCUGAUCUUGUAAGUGAGAAUUUCGAUGCUCCAGAAGAGGAAGUGAAUUGGAUAACAAUCUCACGUAAACAAAGUAAACACAAACCACCAACAGCAUCUGUGCCAUCGUUACUUGCGGCACCUAUUCCACCCGUCGUGCCGCCAGCGAAUGUCAAACAAAGUCGGCCACCACAACCACAAACAACAACUCAUACAAAGAAAACCGUUUCAUCGACGAAUGGUCUGUCUGCUGCCCAACAAAAAGUGAUGUCACCAACUGUUACAACAUCGACUAUUCUGGUAGAAACGCCAAUAAAUUCUAAUAAACCACAACCAACAGCAAUAGUUCCGCCGCGCUCUCAGAAUGUGUCAAAGAUUCAAUCGUCACCAAGUGUCCAACCUCCGUCGAAUCUUUGGACUAGUACUCAUGUUCAGGAUCACUCUCUAGUAACACCGCCACCAGCUACACCUUCCACGUUGCCAUUAUCAUCGUCAGCGAUUACUAUGCUCCAGACAACACCAUCUUAUCUACCGACUCAGUCAUCAGUACUAUCACCUUCUUCUUCUCUUGUAGCUCCAGUAACUUCCAAUGGUACAUCUACCAUUCCACCCUCAUCUCUCUAUUGGGAUCCGAACGACUAUCUCUUACCUCAACCGUCUCAGUCGUCCAUCAUUCCGCCGCCGGCGCCAGGCCCAGUGCAACGGCCCAGUCCAUCAUUCUCUCCAGCGCCUGGCUCUGUUAAUAAUACAUCAUCUCGUUGCAUUCAACGACCAUCACCCGAACCAUGGUCUUAUUCAACAAACAACGUGCCGUUUCCGCUCUAUUCGCCGAUGAAUUACGCUGCUAGUGGUUCAACCUCAGCAUGGAAUGAUACGCCUAUGACGAAUACGCAUGAUUCUCAAUGGAACUAUCCUCAGGAACAAUCACUCCCGCUUCAGUCAUCAACAGCAUCCAAUGAUUUUCCUCUAUACGAUCCAUUUCAUAGUGGUGCUAGUCUUACUAUUCCACCAUCAAUGACACCAACAAAUCUAUUAUCAAAUGGAUUUGCAGAACAUUUUAUUGGCCUUGGCAUGAUUUCACAAGAUAAUGAUGCAAAUGAGAUGGAUGCGCUUGACAAAGAAAUUGAAGAUUUUAAAAAGUUUUGUUUGGAAAGUGUCCCGUUGGAAACACGUGAAAAAGUGCAAGUCAAUGUUGAUCGCUGCUUCGUCCGCCAAGCUUGA